AUGGACAGUUAUGACCUUGCAAUCAAAGCAUUGAAAAGAGGUGAUUUUAGCGCAGCCCGGGAUUAUUUUGAGUUAGAAUUCAAGCAGGCCAAAAAGAACAAAGAAAGGGAUAGGGAAUACAAAGCAUGUAUAAUCCUUGGCAGUGCUUAUACCUCUCUCUGGCAGUCCCAAAAAGCAAUCGAAUUCUUUCAGCGGGCUCUUGGUAUCGCAGAAGAGACUGGAAACAAAGAUUUAGAAGGAACAGCAUAUUUAAACCUUGGCGGUGCUUAUUACUCUCUCGGGCAGUUCCGAAAAGCAAUCGAAUUCUUUCAGCGGGCUCUUGGUAUCGCAGAAGAGACUGGAAACAAAGAUUUAGAAGGAAAAUCAUAUUUAAAUCUUGGCAGUGCUUAUCUCUAUCUCGGGCAGUUCCGAAAAGCAAUCGAAUUCUUUCAGCGGGCUCUUGGUAUCGUAGAAGAGACUGGGAACAAAGAUUCAGAAGGAACAGCAUAUUUAAACCUCGGCGGUGCUUAUGACUCUCUCGGGCAGUCCCGAAAAGCAAUCGAAUUCUUUCAGCGGGCUCUUGGUAUCGUAGAAGAGACUGGAAACAAAGAUUUAGAAGGAUCAUCAUAUUUAAACCUUGGCAGUGGUUAUAGCUCUCUCGGGCAGUCCCAAAAAGCAAUCGAAUUCUUUCAGCGGGCUCUUGGUAUCGCAGAAGAGACUGGAAACAAAGAUUUAGAAGGAACAGCAUAUUUAAACCUUGGCAAUGCUUAUCACUCUCUCGGGCAGUUCCGAAAAGCAAUCGAAUUCUUUCAGCGGGCUCUUGGUAUCGUAGAAGAGACUGGAAACAAAAAUUUAGAAGGAGCAUCAUAUUUAAACCUUGGCAUUACCUAUAACUCCCUCGGGCAGUGCCGAAAAGCAAUCGAAUUCAUUCAGCGGGCUCUCGGUAUCGCAGUAGAGACUGGAAACAAAAAGUUAAAAGGAAAAGCAUAUGGAAACCUUGGUGGUGCUCAUGGCAGUCUCGGGCAGUAUCAAAAAGCAAUCGAAUUCGGUAAGCUUGCUCUUAGUAUCGCGAGGAAGACUGAAAGCAAAGAUUUAGAAGGAGAAGCGUAUUUUACCCUUGGUUUUGCUCACUGCUCUCUCGGGCAGUUACAAAACGGAAUCGAGUUCUCUGAGCGGGCUCUUGGUAUCGCAAAAGAUACUGGAAGCAAAUGUUUAGAAGCAUCCACAAGUCGGCACCUUGGUAGUUCUCAUCUUCGUCUCGGUAACGUCGAAAAGGCAUUCGAAUUCUUAAAGCAGUCUCUUAAAAUCGCAAAAGACACUGGAGAUAAAGAUAAAGAAGGAUCGGCAUAUGAGUGCCUUGGUGAAGCCUAUGCCUUUCGUAGGGAUUUCAAAAAGGCAUUCGAGUUCCAUCAGUAUGCUCUUAGAAUCGGAAAAGAGACUGGAGACAAAGAAGUAGAACAACAUGCAUACACAAGUCUUGGGAUGGUUUUUCUGGAAUUCCCCGACGACUUUUCCAGAGCUGAGGAGUAUUUUAAAUCUAGUAUCAAACUGCUAGAAGAAGUGAGGGAUCUUCUGCAAGACAACGACGAAUGGAAAAUCAGUUUUCGAGAUCGAUAUAGCGUUUAUACAAAGUUAUGGUGUCUUCAAUUACGCCAGGGCAAGACCAUGGAGGCCCUUUCUACAGCUGAGCGGGGACGAGCACAAGCUCUCACGGAUAUCAUGAAAUCAAGAUACAGUGUCGAAUUGACUCAUUUAUCGUCGGAGGAGCAGAUGGAAAGAAUAUCCUGCAUUUCAACCCAUAUUUCAUCACCUACGAUAUUUAUCGCGGAGGUCCCAGAAAAAUCAGUGAAUUUCUGGUUGCUAUUGAAAGGUCAGCAGUGGCAGUUUGUGCGAAAGAAAACCAAUCAGUCCUUGGUUUGUUUGAUUGAGAAAGCAUAUAAACAAUUGAAGGUUGGUAAACCUGUCAGGUGCGAAGAUCGUUCCUUGGAUGGAAUAGAAGAUGAAGAGAUCGAGGAGUCAUCCGACAGGAGCACAAAUGAGGAAGAAUCAACUCCACUACAAGAGGGUGAUGAUGCAUUGAAAAAGUUGUAUGAUAUCAUCAUUGCUCCGUCUUUACACUUGAUAAAUAGUAAUGAACUUGUUAUUGUCCCUGAUGGAGCAUCAUUCUUGAUUCCUUACGCUGCCCUUGUGGACCAGAAUUGCACGUAUUUGUCUGAAACGCUGAGAAUUCGAUUGGCUCCAUCUGUGACCAGCUUAGUGCUGCUGGCAGAGUGUGCAGAGGACCGCCAUGGCACAUCUGGUGUACUGCUUGUUGGUGAUCCAUGGGUGGAAACUGUUCGCUUAGGCGAGAAAAAGAAAAGGUUUGCGCAACUCCCCUGGGCCGAGAAAGAGGUGAAAAUGCUUGAAAAAAUGCUAAACGUUCAGCCUCUAACAGGAAAGAACGCUACCAAGGAACGAGUAUUAAGCAGACUCGAGUCAGUUUCCUUAGUGCACAUUGCAGCUCAUGGUCGUUCAGAAACCGGUGAAAUUCUUUUGUCUCCUAAUCAUGGUAGUCCCGAAAAACCCACAGAGCAGGACUUUCUCUUGACAAUGGAAGAUGUGCUGAAGGCAAAGCUGCGUGCUAAGCUUGUUGUCUUAAGCUGCUGUCACACUGGGAAAGGGAAGAUCUGUGCUGAAGGAGUGGUGGGUAUUGCACGUGCUUUUCUGGGGGCCGGUGCCCGUUCUGUUAUUGCGUCAUUGUGGGCAAUCGAAGAC